CUCGAUCUAUCUUCACCAUCAUGUUCACUAAGACCGUCCUCGCUCUCGCCCUUGUGGCUGUAACUUUGGCUGCUCCUUCACAGCCUUCCUACGGAUAUACUCCUCCUGCAACCUACGACGCUCCUGCCAAGUAUGACUUCAAUUAUGCCGUGAAGGACGACUACUCCGGAAACGACUUUGGUCACCAAGAAGCUCGCGACGGUUACGAUACUCAGGGUUCUUACUACGUUCUCCUUCCUGACGGUCGUCUGCAGAAGGUCGCCUACACUGUCAAUAGCGACUCUGGCUACGUGGCUGAGGUCAGCUACGAGGGUGAAGCUCAGUACCCCGAGUACAAGCCUGCUCCUGCCUACAAGCCCGCCCCUGCUUACAAGCCCACCCCUGCUUACAAGCCCGCCCCUGCUUACACGCCCGCCCCUGCUUACAAUCCUGCUCCUACCUAUACCGGCACGAUUUUACCUCAUCAAACGAAUUUUGUCCAAAUCACCCUCAAUCACACCUCAACUCAAGAACUUACCUUCACCCAUAUGAAGGUUAAGUCCAUCCUCUUCAUCAUGUUCACUAAGGCCGUCGUCGCUCUCGCCCUUGUAGCCGUCACUCUGGCUGCUCCUUCACAGCCUUCCUAUGGAUAUGCUCCUCCGGCAAACUAUGAUGCUCCCGCUAAGUACGACUUCAACUAUGCCGUGAAGGACGACUACUCCGGAAACGACUUUGGUCACCAAGAGGCCCGUGACGGAUACGACACCCAGGGAUCUUACUACGUCCUCCUUCCCGACGGUCGUCUGCAGAAGGUCGCCUACACUGUCAAUGGCGACUCUGGUUACGUGGCUGAGGUCAGCUACGAGGGUGAAGCCCAGUACCCCGAGUACAAGCCUGCUCCUGCCUACAAGCCUGCUCCUGCCUACAAGCCUGCUCCUGCCUACAAGCCCGCCCCCGCUUACAAGCCAGCCCCUGCCUACAAGCCUGAACCUACAUAUGCCUAAAUUA